UCCACUUAUUUGCCCCUUAAGUUUCCAAAAUUCUCCAUCACCUUUUUCCAUAUUUACUAUUCUUCUUUCAAGAAAAUAAAACUCCAAAAGAAGCUGCUAAGAGAUCUAAAAGCCUCUUCUGUGCAAAGAACCAAAAAAAAUCUUGAAAGACUAUUCUUUAUUGCUUGUUCUUGAAGAUUUCUAUCUCCAUACUGCUUAACAAACAAGCUGUUUUACUACUUUUCUUCAAUGGUGAUUCCCAAGAGUUAGUUAUCUUCUUAUUCUUGUUUCUAUAUAUUCUUCAAAUUCCAAAUUUAAAUAAGGGUGCUUUCCAAAAAUGGACUCAGAGUUUGAGAAAAACCAGAAUAAUUCUGGUUUGUUAAGGUUUCGUUCAGCUCCAAGUUCUUUUCUUGAAAAUUUCAUUGAUGGUGUUGGAAAUAAUGGAAAUAUGGUCACUGAAGAUAAAGGGUUGGUCCCAAAAUUCAAUCUUGCUGCUUUAAAUAACCAAUUGGUGUCUCAGAAUUCACUUGAUAGUAAAGUGUUUGCAAAUUUGAGUAGUAGUAGUAGUAAUUCACAGUUGCCACCUCAAUAUCCGAGGCAAAAUACUACUACUGCUCAUGUGGGGUCUAAUAUGGAUGGUGGUGGGUACAGGGUGAUGGGAUCAUUAUUGGGAAGUAAUAAUCAACAGGGGCAAAACAAAUUGGCAUCAAAUCUUAUGAGGCAAAACAGUUCUCCAGCUGGCUUAUUCUCUCACCUCAAUUCUCAAAAUGGCUAUGCCACGUUAAAAGGCGGUGCUGGAGGUUAUAGAAUGGCAAAUGGUGCCAAUGUAGAUUCAUCUCCAUCUUCAAGCCGGUUGAAAGAUCAUUUUAUCUUCCCAUCCGGGACACCCUCUUCAUUAGGAAUGUUAUCUCGAAUCUCAGAGGUCGAUAACGAGAGCAGCAUAGCAACUGCCCCUGAUGACGAGAAUAUGGGAUUUCCUUUUACAUCUUGGAGUGAUUCCUCACAGUUUCAGGAGACUAUAACAGGCCACAAAAGGGAGUUAGAUAAUGAGGGUAGUAAGCUUUUUGCUAAUGCUCAGAUGGAAGAACUUGGAAAUCGGCCUCCAAUUUUGUCACACCACCUAAGUUUACCAAAGACACCAGCUGAUAUAGCAGCUAUGGAGAAGUUAUUGCAUUUUCAAGACACUAUUCCCUGUAAGAUCCGUGCUAAACGUGGCUGUGCUACUCAUCCUAGAAGCAUUGCAGAAAGGGUGAGAAGAACGCGUAUAAGCGAAAGAAUGAGAAAGCUACAAGAGCUUGUUCCCAAUAUGGACAAGCAAACAAACACUGCAGACAUGCUAGACUUGGCUGUCGAGUACAUUAAAGGCCUCCAAAAACAGUACAAGGUACUCGCUGAUUGUCGGGCGAAUUGCAAAUGCUCAGCAAUGCAGAAGCCAGAUUGAAAUCAAAGGGUCUGAUUUGCUUCUGUACAAUGGAGAAAGAGUAUAAGUGAAGGAGUAUACUUGAAUGGAGUUUAUUUUCAAAAAAGUAGAUGCUAGAAACUUUAAGAAAAAAGUUACAAGGAAUAACUACAAAGAAGAAAAAAAGCAGAUCUUUGGCUGUUAUUUUGCAGAUGAUAGAUGCUAGAGACUAACAAUGUUUCAAAGUUCAAGCAAACAUAAUUAGUUGGAAAAUGUACAUUAGUUGCAUAGGACAUGCAAGAAUAAGAUUAUGCAUUCCUUGUUA